AUGCCAAGGAUUGCACCAGGCCGGCUGUGCGACACGAAGGAGAUUGCGUACUCUGUAACCGCCACCUUUGCGCGCACCAUCUCGGGCCAAGUUUCCACGACUGCCCGUCUUGGAAAGUGCGUCACGCUCCCAUCUCGAGUUACCAAUACUGACAAUGUUGUGAAAAAGGACCACGGCAUCUUUUACCCAGCUUUCUGCAAAGCAGAAGACAACGAGUUGUCGACGCUUUUCAGCAAGAUCAAUGUAGAUGCUCUAGUGGCACGCGCGUCGCAGUUGAGACAAGGUAUCGAGUGUUCUGUGGCGCCGUUUCAAUACGACUCGGCGAAACGGAGGUCUCACAUGGGUGGUAUGAACUACCACAUAGAAAUUCUCUUCGCGGACAAUGUAGUUUGGGUUGCUCGAAUGCGUCGAUCCAAUACCACUUCACCACCACAGGUCGUGAGAGACUACAUUUUCGAAAGCGAGGUGGCGACUUUGAUGUUUCUCGAAACGACAGCCGUGCCGACACCAAAGGUUCAUGGCUACGCUCUGGAGCACGAAAGCAACCCGGUUGGGGUCGGGUACAUUCUCAUGGAGAAGCUUCCAGGGAAAGCACUGGAUUGGCCUGCAGCAAGCCCGGACCAAAGACGCAAAGUCAUGGAGCAGCUCGCGGAUGUGCUGAUUGAGAUAUACAAGCAUCCGCUACCCGCUCUGGGGUCUCUUGCGACGCCUGGAAGGCCCCAUGUCGCCGCAUUUGCUCACGAAUCUUUGCUCACAGUGGUUGGAGGUAGGCUGCAGACCUGCAGCCCCUUCCGGUCUGCCGAGCAAUAUCGCAGAUCACAUCUGCGGCUAAUACUGGACAGGAUACUGGCUCAAGAAAUGUACGCGACGCAACCCGUGGAAGCAUAUCUGCUGCAUCGGUUCCUCGUCGACUUGGUGCCCGUGCUGACGCCGCCAGCAUCAGGCAACGAAAAGUUCUACCUCAAGCACGACGACGACAAGGGGGAUCACAUUCUGGUGGACGAGAGUUUCAAUAUCACGGGUAUUAUUGAUUGGGAGUGGGCGCACACGGCCGCACCGGCCGAGGCCUUCAACUCGCCGGUCGGGCUGCUUCCCGUUGCAGACUUUUAUGCCGGAAAGGGGGCGAUUGGCGCCGACGAGGCCGUCUUUGCGCAGCUUCUGCAGGAAAAGGGCCAUGGCCCGCUGGCGCAGUUCGUGCUGGAGGGUCGCGUGCAGCACUUGUUUGCGUUUUGCUGCGGCAUCGACCUCAGCGACUGGGACGGGUUUCUAGGUCUGUUUCGCGGCUUGCGGGAUGCGUCUGGCGUGGACGCGGGCAUGACGUGGGAGGACUGGAAAGGAACAGCAUUGGACAGAUACAAAGAGGAUGCCGGACUGCAGGAAUUGCUCAUUCGGUGUGGAAGUGGGAAUGGUGGUGGUGGGUGA